CUGCUUCCGCCAGCAUGGGCCGCAUCUGCUGUAGCGAAUACGAAAUUUCUUUCUUCUAAGGUAGCUUAUUCAUCAGAACUGCGCAGCAUGUCAAGUGCGGGCAGAGGUGUCAUUGCGCGGAUGUGGAGAAAUUUUCUGUCAUCCAUUACUACAAAAGCGAGUCCUCACAGCGAGGUUGGUCGCGAUCAUUUCGGCAACAAGUAUUUUGAAAUAGCGGCCGAUCCCAGCCGAGGAAAGCGAAAGCCGAGGCGCUGGUUCGAGCCGCGCACGAAGGACAACUUCAGCGCGGACAUGCCCCCCGAGUGGGAAGCUUGGCUGCGAGGUCGACGUUCCUCACCUCCAACUCAAGAGGAAAUUUCCCACAAUGAAGCCAUUAAGAAAUUAAAGCAACAAAGAGCAGCACUUGCUGAAAGGAAUGCAAUAGAGGAACACAAAAGGAGAGGUGCUGACCAUCCACAGUUACCCACUGGCUUCCCCAUGUAUGACGACUACAGGCAGGCUGACGAAGAAACGGAUCAUGGCUCCAAGGAACCGUCCAAGUAGCCAAACCUCAGCUUGUGGUGCGUGUGGGCACCUUGGGCCAUAAAUUGUUAUACACCUG